GAAAGUAUUAGAAAAGAAGCUUUAUUUCGUCAACGCGAAAGGGAGCGCCAUACUGUUGAAAAAUGAAACCCCGUGAUAAAGAACGACUAAUUCGUAUGCGAAGCAUUUUAAGCAAUGAUUUGCAAGUAAACGAAGUCAUAAAUCAUAUGAAAGAGAAGAGAGCAUUAACCGAUGCUGAAGUCGGUAAAUUAUCGUCAGAACACAGGAGACAAACAAAAACGGAAAUGCUACUUGAUAUUUUAGAGAGAAAAAAAACAAGUGAAUUUGAAGUUUUUCUCGAAAUCUUAUCAUCAUUGCACCCAAAUUUAUUCUAUUUAUUCACUGACGAUGAUGACGAUACCGACUUCGGGGACAAAGUAUACGGCGAAGAUAAUCAAUAUAAAGGAUUUUCUAAGGAUGACGAAUGGACGAUCCUCAGAAAUACCAGACAGUAUAUUAUCGAACAGAUCGACGCUCUUCAAGUUUUGCCUAUGUUACAAAAGAAAUUCUUGACAGAAAGUGAGAAAGAAGACAUCAUUGCGGGUCAAUCGGCUGGUGAGAGAACAGAAGCAUUAUUAGAUAUACUCGUCGCAAAAGAACCUGCAGUUUACGACGCUUUUCUCGACGCCCUAGGGGAGCAGUAUCCUCACGUUUAUCUCAGAUUGACCGGUGGUUCAGACGAUUUAGAUGAUUGAUAUUAAUACUAAUAAACGAAACUCAAGAGAACAAAAGAGUACUCACUCUGCUGUCUGCAUAUAUAAAAUAAAGAUGAACCGAUACAAAUAAUUAUUCACAAGUGAGAAGGAAGGAAGGAAAUGAAAAAAAGAAUAAGAGAGAAUUGCAUGAAUGUUAGUAAAAGAGAAAGAGAGAGAGAGAGAGAGAGAGAAAAGGAAGAAAGAAUGUUAUAUAAAUGAAUAAAAGAAAACAUAGCACAGAUUUCUAUCACAAAUAGACGAAAUAGACCUAUUUAUCAUCUAAGCUUCAGUUUAUUUUACCAUAUUUACUUAUUUAUUGUUUUUCUUUAAACAAUUUCUAUGACUAUGAUAAAAAAUAAUUCAAAAAGGAAUUAAAUAAACAAACAUUAAAAGAAUAUUUAAAAAGAUUUAUAAACAAUAUUAAUAAAGGAAUUUGCAACUAAAAUCUU